CUCCAAACUUACUGCCAGCCGUACUCCCCUCGGCCAUCACCAGACUUUUCUUCCUCUGCUCUAUUUCGUCCACCUUCCUUUCUUUGUGGACUCACCAGUAAUCCUCUUUUGGCCCUGAUUCCAGCCAAAAUGGCGUCCAGCGAGCCACGGCAUUACGAUUCCGAAUCCGAGGAUGAUAACUUCAACCCGGCGCCUGCAGACCUCUCCGACGACGAAAACGCUCCCGUUGCCCGCCCCAGGCAUGACAGCGGACACGGAAAGGAUGCAGGGGAUAGCAGCCCCGCGGAUGACAACCAUGGGAAUGAUGAGGAUGGUGAAGAUGAAGAAGAUGAUCGCCCCGUCAACGGCGCAGCAAAGGAAGCACAAAAAGAAACGGAUGAAGUAGAGGGUGAAGAGGGAGAAGGUGGCGAGGAGGAUGAAGAAGAUGAAGAAGAAGAAGAAGAAGAGGAUACUGGCAGACCGAAGAACGUUUACGAUGACGAAGAAGACGAAGAAGAGGAUGACGAGGAUCAGGACGUCCAUGAGGGUCAUCGCCGGAAGCGCAGGCGAGACAGGCGGGCAGCCUUCUUCGAUAUCGAGGCCGAAGUCGACGACGAGGAUGAGGCCGAGGACGAGGAGAAAGACGGCGAAGAGAUUGAGGAUUUCAUCGACAACGCGCACCCCGACGACAUCGCCGAGAGCGCGCGGCUUGACGAUGAUAGGAGACAUCGCGAGCUCGAUGCGCGGCGAGAAAUGGAGGCCAGCUUGGAUGCUGAGAAGCAAGCCGAGAUCCUCCGCCAACGAUACGGAAAUCGCCGGCCGGCAAAGGGCUUUGGAGAUUCGGCCGUGGUUCCCAAGCGCCUCCUCCUCCCCAGCGUCGAUGACCCGAGCAUCUGGGCUGUCCGCUGUAAGGAGGGCAAGGAGCGCGAGGUCGUCUUCUCAAUCAUGAAGCGCAUCGAAGAAAGGAUGGGGACCAAGGACGAACUUGGCAUAACCUCGGCCUUCGAGCGAGGUGGUGCUCAGUCCGUCAUGAAGGGCUACAUCUACGUCGAGGCUCAGCGGCAGACCGAUGUCUUGAUCGCCUUGGAUGGUAUGCUGAAUGUGUAUCCCCGGACAAAGAUCCUCCUCGUCGAGAUCAAGGAUAUGCCCGACCUCCUCCGAGUUACAAAGACGCCCAGUUUGGAACCUGGCUCCUGGGUCCGGCUUAGAAGGCCUGCUAAGCACGCCGGCGACCUGGCUCAGGUCCUUGAUGUCACCGAGAAUGGCCUCGAAGCCCGCGUCCGCUAUAUUCCCAGGCUCGACUACGGUGUCCGCGAUGACCCUCUCGCGAACUCCUUGUCUACCGAUGGGAAGCGCAAGCGCCCUGGCGUGCCUGGGCCCCGCCCCCCGCAGCGUCUCUUCAACGAAGCCGAAGCCAGGAAGCGGAGCCCCAGGCACAUCCUAGGUAACCCGCAGACAAACACGUGGAACUACAACGGUGACGACUUCGAGAACGGCUUCCAGGUCAAAGACAUCAAGAUCCACCAACUCACAGUCAAGGACGUCAAUCCGACUUUGGAGGAAGUCACAAAGUUCGCCUCCGGGGCAGACGAUGGUACAGAGAACCUCGACCUCAAGGCGCUUGCUGCCAGCUUGAAGGACAGCAACGCGAACGUCGCCUAUCUGCCUGGGGAUGUCAUCGAGGUCUACGAUGGCGAGCAGAAGGGGGUUGUCGGCAAGGCCACAAACGUGCAGGGAGACAUUGUCACAAUCCAGGUGACCGAGGGCGACCUGGCCGGCCAGACCAUCGAGGUUCCGAACAAAGGACUCCGCAAACGGUUCAGGGCCGGCGACCAUGUCAAGGUCAUUGGCGGCAGUCGAUUCCGCGACGAGGUCGGCAUGGUUGUCAAGAUUGCUGAUGACCGGGUUACCCUCCUGACCGACCAGUCCAACACGGAAGUGACUGUCUUCAGCAAGGAUCUGCGCGAAGCAGACGACAUUGGUGGUCAGGGCUCCCUUGGCCAGUAUUCUCUGCUCGAUCUGGUCCAGUUGGACCCCACGACCGUGGGCUGCAUUGUCAAGGUUGACCGUGAAUCCUUGGUUGUGCUCGAUCAGAACGACGAGACAAGAAAUAUCAUGCCCUCGCAGAUCACAAACCUGCUUCCCAAGCGCAAGACCGCAGUGGCCGCCGACCGCAACGGCUCCGAGAUCAGGCUGGAUGAUGUCGUCCGCGAGCACGGCGGUCAGCAGCGCCAGGGCAAGAUCAUCCACAUCCACCGGUCCUUCAUCUACCUUCACAGCAACACGACGAAUGAGAAUGCCGGAGUGUUCGUCACGCGUGCCAGCAAUGUGACCACGGUCGCGGCCAAGGGCGGUCGCAUCAAUGCCCCGCAGUCUUCGGGCCCGGAUCUGACCUCGAUGAACCCGGCCCUCAAGAGGCAUCCCAAUGGGAACAGCAGCGCCGCCAACAUGCAGCCGCCCAAGGUCUUUGGCCGCGAUCGCGCCAUGGGUCAGACCGUCAGCAUCAGGAAGGGCGGCUACAAGGGCCUUCUAGGCAUUGUCAAGGACACCACAGAUACACAUUGCCGUGUCGAGCUUCACACCAAGAGCAAAAUUGUGACCAUACCCAAAGCGGAUCUGAUAUUCAAAGACAAGGUUACUGGCCGGGCGAUUGAUAUCAACAGCCGCGGAGGUAUGGGAGGGCGCGGAGGAUCGCACGGCGGCAGCGGCCGCGGCGGGUUUGGUGGUUUCAACGACUGGCAAGGUGGAAGCCGGACUCCAAUGGCAUCCGGCGGCUCGGAGCGUACGCCGGCUUGGGGCGCAUCUAAGUCUGGCUCGCAUACCCCCGCCUGGAGUCGCAGUGCCGACCCCUCGGGCUCGCGCACACCGGCCUGGGGCGAUGGUUCGCGAACCGUCAACCCCUACGAUGGCAGCCGCACUGCUUAUGGCGGCUCAGGCUCCCGGACCCCGGCGUGGUCAUCUGGCGCAAAGACACCCGCUCCGGAUAGCUUCGGUCUGGGUUCCAAGACUCCCUCCUACGGCGGCAGUGGCGGCGAUGCAUGGGGAAACAAGACGCCAGGGUACGGUGUUUCCGCCCCUACCCCCGGCGCGAGCGGCAACGACACGUGGGGCUACACACCCGGUCCAAGCGGCCCCUCGUCGCACCCUUACGACGCCCCGACCCCGGGCGCAGGCCUCAGCGCGCCCACCCCCGGAGCCCUCAACGCGCCGACCCCCGGGGCGUAUUCCGCGCCCACGCCUGGCGCCGUCAACGCACCCACUCCCGGCGGUGGCUGGCAGGGCGGCUGGGGAGCCGACGCCGCGCCGACGCCGGCCGCCCUCGGUGCCCCGACUCCGGCCGCCAGCGGUUCCUACUUUGGCGCGCCCACGCCGACGGCGUACGGCGGCGCGCCCGAGACUCCGGCCGCCAGUGGACCGCGGUACACGGAUGAUGACUGAGGGGGCUUUUUGACUGAGGAAGAAGGCUGGCACGAGUUAGCUUCAGCGGCGUUUUGGGGGGGAGGGCGGUUUAAUAUUAUGCCAAUGGCUUGCGUCGUUGGCGACAGGGACAUGUAUAGUAAGUUAGGUAGAAUGCAUCCACCAGGCAGCCAAAGGGGAUUUUAGUUUAUAUCUUUCCGUUUCCACUUGCGUGCUUGGUCUGGAGGUUUUAUGGCAGUUCCAAAAUCGCCAAUUGUCUACCAGUUUUCGAAUCGGCAGUUGUAGUGUAGAUGUUUCCUCGCGUCUUCGUUGCCUUGACUUGGAAUAUCAUCAACCAACCCCCUUUCAAAGCCAUGCAUGCCCAUGGAACUAAAACAAAGAGUCGGGCGAGUCUAGAACAAGCAAAGGCCCUCCCUCCAUCUCCCUCUAAAUCCAAAAUAACCAAAAGCAAAUCCGGCGCCAAGCUCCGGACCCUCU